GGUAACAGACAGUGGGCGCGACUCAGUACUUGCUCUACGAUUGGUUACUUUGACAGGGCGGCGAUACCAAGGAAGCGACAACCAAACUGUUUUUUAAUUACACUGUUGAUUUUCCAAUUUUCAGGCACCUGACACUGCAACGUCAGCUAGCUCAUAGCUUGUGUUGUAGGUUAGUUUGUAUGUGCUGUUGGUAUCGCGUCCUGACCCUUCCCAGGCGCCGUACUUUCCAGUUCUACAGGACACGGGGCGAAUAAGUGAUAAAAAAACAAACAGGACAGACAGACAGCUUUCUCUCCUGACAGACAUGGCGACAAACCUCAUCUCCAGGUUGUCUCGUAUUUCUGUGUCCACACAGCGCCUCCUGCUCCACGGUCAGGCCAGUCUCCGGUCAUGGGGGAAGGUUGCGGCGUUAGCGCCGGGGAACAGACAGUUGUGCAGCGACGCUUCUUCACAGAAUAUUAGUCGCUAUCCAAUCCCCACCAAGAACGACCUGCCUUAUGAUAUCGUUGAGCUUAUGGAGGAAGUCGAGGCAAAGGGAGGCUUUUUGCCAAACGUGUUCAAAGUGCUCUCUCACAGACCAGCUGAGUUCAGAAUCUUCUUCGCUUACUACAACGAACUAAUGAACAAGGAGACAGGAAGAUUAUCCAAAGCUGACCGAGAGCUAAUCGUGGUUGCAACCAGCAUCCACAACAGGUGUCUAUACUGCGUGGUAUCCCACAGUGCACUGCAUCGCAUCUACUCUAAGAAACCCACUCUGUCCGAUCAGGUCAUCGUUAACUAUGAGAACGCAGAGCUGGGUCCUCGGGAGCGCGCCAUGCUGGACUUUGCGAUGGCUGUGUGUCGCAGUGACACCAUCACAGAACAGCAUUUCAAGGCGUUGGAGGAAGUGGGCUUUGACCGCGAGGAUGCUUGGGACAUCGCUGCUGUUGCUGCUUUCUUUGCCAUGUCCAACCGACUCGCUCACCUCACUGACAUGAGGCCAAACGCAGAAUUUUACAAUAUGGGCCGUAUGCCACGGGACAAAAGCAAGGACAAAGCAGGGGCAGAUGGCAAGUGAAAAGAGGUGUUUCAGACAAGUUUAUCAUUAUCAUAUGUUAUUGAAUGGUGAAAGGGCAUUAUAAUUAAGUGGGGAAAGGUUACAUGUGUCUCAGGCGAUCAGCUUUUAAAAUGUGUGGUUGUCUUCCAUGACUAAAUCAAUGUAUGCAUAACAUUGCCACAUUUUUACUACCCCGUGUGCUCUAAAUACCAUGAAUAGUUUCCACUUUAUUUCCUUGUCCAUGAAAUCACUUGAAAGAACUCUUUGUCACCGUGUGUCGCUUUGUGUGGUUUUAUGAGCAGCAUUCACUCGUUUUGUAUUUGAAAUCUUCAAAACAAAUAAAUAGAUUAUAUUUUU